ACAAGUCGGCGAAACAAUAUCUCGGCGACUGCUUUUCUUCCCAUAAUUAUUAUUUCUGUUGAAAUAGUCUUUCUAAGGAACGACAAGCUGGAAGUGAAGCAUCAUGCCAUUACUGCAUAAACUUCUCGUCUUGUCCUGGCUUGUUGGGUCAGUAGCUGUAAUGGGUCAGACACCAACAGAUGCCUCCAGCAUAGACCCUCUCAGUGGGACACCUAGUUCCAGCCCCACAGCGCUGACCUCCACAGCUGACAGCAGCACAGCGGCCUCAGAGACGGAAGGCACCUCUCUGAGCACCACCUUCACUUCUACACCCUCUGAUGACUCCCCACCCACAGCUGUGAACUCGUCUCCUACCACAGGUGACCCUUUGACCACCACCAUAGAGUCCACCAUGGAGUCCACCGUAGAGUCCACCAUGGAGUCCACCGUAGAGUCCUCCAUGGAGUCCACCGUAGAGUCCACCAUGGGGUCCACCAUAGAGUCCACCAUGGGGUCCACCAUAGAGUCCACCAUGGGGUCCACACAGACUUCUACAGCCGAUGUUGCCACUGCCACCGCCAUGGACACCACCACCAUGGCAACAUCGUCAGAGACCAUCAGCGAGUCCACUGGGACUCCCAGUCCCACCUCCUCAGAGACGAACAUGGUGUCCAGUGUCGCGACCAUGGCCACUCCCACACCUGAGGAAAAUACUGCAUCCACACAUCAAGUUAGCACAACCUGGGCCGACAGUACUUCCUCCUCCAGUUCUACAGAGGCACCUGUUUUGAGUGAGGACCCAACCACUGACACAGCUUCAACCAGCACUCCUGACACCACUGUAACUGAAGACCACACAAGUCAAGGGUCAGGUGAUCCCAGCUCCACUGAAUCGGAGCAAGGUACAUCGCCCUCAUUUCCCACUGAAAACAGUGAGUCUACCACUACUAACUCUUCAUCAACUACUGAAUCCACCUCUGUAACUAGUUCUGUAUCUCCUCAUGAAAACAGUUCCACAGCCAUUACAACUAGCUCUGAAACCAGCUCAGUGUCCCUAUCGACAUCUAGCCCAACAUCUGAAUCUGAGAUCACAUCCACCAUAGCAUCUACCCUUUUGACUAAUCUGACACCCACUUUGGACGGCAACCAUACCACUGCCCCAACAACCAACUUCACAACUGACUUGACUGAAUCAAGCCCUGUAACUAACCCAGUAGUCUCAACUAUGUUGACCUCUUUGUCCCCAUCAUCUCCCUCUGCCACCGUCACUUUAGAGACACACAGUUCAGAAUCCACCGCACAAUACAUGCCCACCACCAACCCACCAACUACCAACACCUCUAACGACAACAGUAGCAUCAUAGUAACUAGUCCUGUAACUAGUCUAACUAGUCCUGAGACCAGUCCAACAUCCCCUGUUGAGAGCACUUCCACAGAGAGCACAGUAUCCACCCCUUUGACUGACAGCAGCUCUACCAGUGCCCCAACAUCCAGUUACACAACUGACUUGACUGAAUCAAGCCCUGUAACUAACACAUCUACCUCUCUGACUAAUUCAACACCAACCUCAGAGAGCAUUUUAACACCCAACUCCUCAACCACUCCCACAUAUUUGAGCUCCACCAGUAAUCCAGUAGUCUCAACCAUGUUUACCUCUUUGUUCCCAUCAUCUCCCACUGCCAACUCCGUCACUUCAGAAAUACACAGUACAGAAUCCAGUACACCACACAUGCCUACCACCAACCCAGGCUUCACUAACACCACUAACAACAGUAGCAUCGUCACUAGUCCCGUAACUAGUCUAACUAGUCCUGAAAUCAGUCCAACAUCCCCUGUUGAGAGCACUUCCACAAAGAGCACAGUAUCCACCCCUUUGACUGACAGCAGCCCUCCCAGUAGCCCAACAUCCAGUUUCACAACUGACUUGACUGAAUCAAGCCCUGUAACUAACACAUCUACCUCUCUGACUAAUUCAACACCAACUUCAGAGAGCAUUUUAACACCCAACUCCUCAACCACUCCCACAUCUUCCAUAGAGACCAGCUCUUCUUUGAGCUCCACCAGCAAUCCAGUAGUCUCAACCAUGUUUACCUCUUUGUUCCCAUCAUCUCCCACUGCCAACAUUACAAGCCCUGUCACUUCAGAAAUACACAGUACAGAAUCCAGUACACCACACAUGCCCACCACCAACCCAGGCUUCACUAACACCACUAGCAACAGUAGCAUCGUCACUAGUCCCGUAACUAGUCUAACUAGUCCUGAGACCAGUCCAACAUCCCCUGUUGAGAGUACUUCCACAGAGAGCACAGUAUCCACCCCUUUGACUGACAGCAGCUCUACCAGUACCCCAACAUCCAGUUUCACAUCUGACUUGACUGAAUCAAGCCCUGUAACUGACACAUCUACCUCUCUGACUAAUUCAACACCAACCUCAGAGAGCAUUUUAUCACCCAACUCCUCAGCCACUCCCACAUCUUCCAUAGAGACCAGCAUGCCUUUGAGCUCUACCAGCAAUCCAGUAGCCACAAGCCCUGUCACCUCAGAGACACAGAAUUCGGAAUCCACUACACUAACCACGCCCACCACCAGCCCAGGCUUCACUCACACCACUGACAGUAGCAUUACAGCAACUACUAGCGCCGAUACCACCACUAACACCACUAACACCCCCUCUGGUCCAACUACUUCCGGAAAUAUUACUAACCCUGACCUAACCACCAUUGUUACUUCAACUGAGCUGACCACCUCCAGCUCUCUCACCUCCACCAGCAUGGUCACCACCUCUAACCCCUCACACACGCCAACAACGGCGACAGCAUCAGCAGCCGCUAGUGAAACCACUGAGGAAUCAGAGAGCACGACAACAGAAGAACCAACUACAGUCGUCAGCACCACUGCCGGCUUGGCAUCCACCACCACGUCAUCCGUUGACACUAGCACAGAGAUGUCCAGUCCUGGCACCACCGCAUUCCCGCCAACUGCAGAGACCUCCACCAUGAACACAGCUGAGACAGUGACCACCACGACCACAGCUAUGUCUACUGAGAGCACAACCGUGCUGUCUGAAGGUACACCGAGUGCAACCACAGCUGUCCAGUCAACAGACAGCGCUACCACGGAGGUCCAAUCAACGCCAAGCAUGACAACAAUGAAUGCAACCGCACCAGAGACUAGUACAGUUAUGUCCACAUCUACAGCAAGUACAACAACCCCAUCAGACCCCUGUACCUUGUGCCCACGGGGAAGCACGUGUGUGAACGCCACAUGUCAGUGUCUGCCUGGCACCUACCUCCAGCCAGGCAACCCUCCAGCCUGUGAUGAUGCCCGAGUUUUCCCUGGAAGUCUGCGGAUAAACUCAACUUUCUUGCCAGAGAUGGCUGACCAAUCCAGUCAGAUUUUCAAAGACACUGCUAGCGAAAUCAUACAUGCAUUGAACGCUGUCCUAAAGAACCAGCCAGGCUAUAUUAACUCCACGGUGAAAAGUCUCAGCCAGGGCAGUGUGAUUGCCACGGUAGAGAAUCUAUUUCUGACAACCUCAGGGGCCACAGAGAGCUCCACGACAGACGCCAUACACCAAGCUAUUGGGAACUGCAUAGACUGCACAACUAUCCUCUCACAGGCUUUAGAAUAUAAUCGUCGUGAUUUGUGUGAUUUGUCCCCUGGACCCUGCGAGGCUGAGACCACGGAGUGUAGUUCCCGGGACGGCAGACCUGUCUGCCCCUGCAAGAGCGGCUUCGUCAGCAACCCCUACAGCCCCAACAUAUGCGUAGCUUGUCCCAGUGGCCAGCGAGCAGAGGGAGACAGAUGUGUGCCGUGCCCCCUUCUAUACACCGGCUUCAACUGCAAUGACUCUUCUCCGUUGGCAGUAGUGGUUAUCUCGAGUGUGCUGGGGGGCAUUUUGCUCCUCGUGGUUCUGGCUCUUAUCAUCUACUUCUGCGUCACGCGCAGCAGAGAUAAGAAGCCGAAUGACUUCAACAGCCCAUACACGCCAGACGACUUCCCCAGCUCGUGGCCGGUGCAGGGUGUAGUGCCCAUCCCGCGGGCCAUCGCCAACCCCAACCCCAGCCCCAGCGCCGCCUUAGAAACCAGCCUGGAGAUGACCGAGGCGGGCAGCACCCACUCCCUCGUCUCCAAAAGGGGCAACACCAACGGCAUGACGGGAUCGUAUGACGUCACCACUAAUGAGAACCUGGGGACCUUCAAGGGCAAGGCUCCCUCCCGCUAUUCCUACCUGGUCCAGGGCCACGAGAACCCCUACUUCAUCCCAGGGGACGAGAACAGGACCACUUGAGGCCAGAGGACGGGGAGCGCUGACCACAGGAGGAGUGAUAGAAUAGGAUGGAGGGUGGGGUGAACGAUGGAAGAAAGACAAAAGAGAGGAGAGAAACUACAAUAACGAAAGCCAUGGAUCAAAUGUUUGACUUGGACAUCAUCCUAAAAAUAUAUAUUUGUACAAUGUGUGUGUUGACGUGUGUGUGUGUGUGUGUGUGUGUGUGCAGUGCUUAAUUUGAGCCGGAACAAGCCGGAACAAGAUCCGGAACCUCCGACGUUGGAUCCGGCAGCUAUUCAAGGUUUAAUUUGAGAUCCGGAACCUCCGACAUUGGAUCCGGCAGCUAUUAAAUUAGAUCCACCACAUCCAUGACCAUAUCACAAUGAAAUAAAGCAAACAAUAAUUCAUUCAUUCAUUAAAUAAAAGUUCGUUCGGACCUUUUGGCCGCGGUCAACACUGUCCCCAUCUCAAGUGCGGAGUGAGCGGGGUUUUUCGCAGAUUAACUUGAUUUGCGCAGCAAAUAUAGAGCAUCUCUUUUCCCCUCUACCAUCUCCUCACAACUCUUUAUUGGCCUUGUCGGCCCACUGCUUAAGCUACCCGGUUCAAUCCCAUUCCUACGUGAAAUCAUGGAUUGCCAAAGGACAUAUCUGCACGGGAUCUGAGGAGUAGGGAAAUAGAGGCAGGUGUCUGUCUAUGGAUACUGUAUGGGCUGUUUUGGACAAAUAAGAUAUAUGUGUAAGUAAAAUGAAGU